UCCUGUCUCCUGCUCAUGGCGGCGGCCACUUCCUCGUCGGCGGUGGCGGCAUCCACGCCGCAGGGAGUGCCGGAGCGGCGGGGAAUCCCGGCGGCGUCCUUCGUGGAGGAUGUGGAGACCUACCUCCGCCAGGCCGGGCUCGACGUCAACUCCGCCCUCGCCUUCCUCCAAGAAAGGCUGCAGCAGUACAAAAUGGUGGAGAUGAAGCUUUUAGCACAACAAAGAGAACUCCAGGCAAAAAUUCCUGAUAUAGAGAAAUGCUUGGGUAUUGUUGCGACAUUACAAGCUAAAAAGGCUUUGGGCGAGGCACUCAUAGCCGAUUUUGAAUUAUCUGAGGGAAUCUAUUCACGUGCGAAAAUCGAGGACUCUGAUUCAGUGUGUCUAUGGUUGGGUGCAAAUGUGAUGCUGGAAUACUCUUGCGACGAGGCCAAUGACCUCUUGAAAAAGAAUUUGGAAAAUGCGAGGGCCAGUUUAGAAGUCCUUGUUGGUGAUCUUCAGUUCCUGCGGGACCAACAAACCAUAACUCAGGUUACAAUUGCUCGGAUAUUUAACUGGGACGUGCACCAGCGGAGAAGCAAACAGUCUGCUAUAAAAGAAACAUGAUCAUCAUAUUAUCUGUGCCGCCAAUGAAAUCGGGUCCUUUUUGUAUGUCUGGCAAAACAUUUAGUCUGUCAUCAUAGUGUGUGUCCCUUGCUGGUGAUGGUGCCUUGGCUGUGCGACAAAAAUGUAUCAAUCUCAUUUAGUUUUAUAGUGUUGGAACUCUACUGUCUACUUGCUGUAGAAGAUGAUGUUCACUUUUGUUUUGGGCUACAUGUACUUGUUUAGCGGUUGGUGAAACAAAUUUUACAGAGCCCACUACCUUCUUUUCUAGCAUGCCCACUGGGUUUCAAUUCUCUAUAAGAUGAGCUGUUCCAAUGUCA